AUGAAAUUAUUAUGUUACUAUUUUACAGAAGCUCGUGCAGAAAUAUCUGGACCACCUAUUCGUUACCUAACUCCCGGAUCCACCCUAAAAUUAAACUGUGUCAUUGUUCAAAACACGGAAAAUUCUGAAUACAUAUUUUGGUACCACGAUAACCGAAUGAUUAAUUAUGACUUCGACCGUGGGAUUAACGUCUCAACAGACUCAGAUUUUCAGUCCUCAGAGCUAGUUAUCUCUAACACAAGGCGUGAACAUUCGGGAAACUAUACUUGUGUUGCAAGUAACACGCAGGCGGCGAGUGUUUUAGUUCACAUAUUUAAAGGGGACAAUCCUGCCGCCAUGUACCACGGACAUGUUGGUUCAUCAACAAAAUCAUAUCAAAUACAGCUACUGCGAAUUGUUUCGGUUCUAUGUUACAUCUCCUAUGUUAAACCAAAUUAUUGUUGA